AUGUUCGGUGCUCUUAAUCGUUUCAUCGCUCGUCUCGACGGAGAGCCCGCGUCACGACCAGGAGAGCAAGGCUCUUCGGACAGCUCAUACGGUUUCCAGGUCUUGAAGAACACGAACAAAGACCUACACCUAGAACCGUGGUUCGACUUCAUCAUCGGGAUCAAUGGACAUUUUAUAGACUCUCCCGACCCAAACCUCUUCGCUCAGGAAAUCCGCAACUGCGCCGGCGCAUACUGCUCAUUAGACCUGUGGAGUGCAAAGGGCCAAAGGACACACUCCCUCACUGUCCCUGUACCGCCUGAUGGCUCGUUGGGACUCAGUCUACAACUCGCACCCCUCAACUCUACACAGAACAUCUGGCACGUACUCACGAUACCGUCCCCCCUCUCACCAGCUCACCAAGCCGGUCUCCUCCCUCACAGCGACUACAUCCUUGGCUCCCCGAGUGGUACCCUCAAAGGAGAAGCGGCAUUGGGCGAACUGGUCGAAGAUCACCUCAACAGAAGUCUUGUCUUAUGGGUCUACAACUCGGAAUUUGACGUGGUAAGGGAAGUCGAACUGGUGCCACGAAGAGGAUGGGGUGGUGAAGGUGCACUCGGUGCCGUGCUUGGAUUCGGUGCGCUACAUCGCCUGCCCGUGGGACUGGGCGAAGAGGUUCAAGCACCAGGAGAAAAUCUAUUUGACGCGGACACGAAAACCGCAGAUGGACAAGGUGCAGCAGACUCUGCCAACAGCUUCCAGCCUGCCCCUGCUCAAGAUCUUGCUCCACCACCGAUGGUCAACCCGAAUGUCCCGCCGCCCCCGAUGAUGAACCCUAAUGCUGCACCUCCAGCUGGACCAGCUCCUGCUCGCGCACGGAAAGGGAGACAUCACGGUGCGAUUUCCCCAAGAGGUGGAUUUGAUGAUAUGUUUGCCGAAGGAGCCAAGAAGAGCGCAGAGCAGGACCAUGUGUCAUCUCGAAAGGGCACACCUGUAGCGCCUCCGCCAAAGACAGGCUCUGCUGGGGUGACACCACACUCGACAACCCAGGAAGGAUCUGAUCCGCUAGAGCAGGCGGGCGAAGAACUUGGCGAGCCAGGCGAGGCUGAGGAAACCUGAAUAUGAGUAGAGUGUCCAAGCCCCACCUCUACUUGUCAUGUGGUCCGUAUUGUUGUCUCUUGCAAGACUGCUGGUAAACGGGAGAUGUUGCAGACCCUUCAUCAAGCUCCUGUCUGCCCUACCUCAUCCUUCCACCAGUCAACAAAUUCACGGAUCCGACGAGACCUCUCCGCGGCCAAUUGUUUGCCAGCCGGUGUCUUCAUCAUACUCUCGAGUUUCAGCAACUUGUCGUGGAAAUGCUCAAUCGAAUCCUCCAGAGUCCGGGCACCCUUGGCACCGCCAAAGGUGAAGCACCGACCGAUCCCGAUCGCUCCAAUCGCGUCGAGCCUGUCAGCGUCCUGAACAAUGGCGAGUUCCGGAAGGACCUCCAGCAAAUCCAAGACACGCUGCGGGUUUUUGACCUCGGAGGAAUACGACACGCCCUCGACCAACACACGCAUCUGCUCUGCAUAGUCCACGGACAUGCCAGCCUCGACGAUGGCUUUGAUAAGAGGUGAUGACGAUGACGACGACGAUAACAACGACGACGAGCUUUCGGUGGUGGGGGCCAUGUACUUUUUGUCCUCGACGUCGUGGAGCAACGCGCCCAGGAUCACAUUCAUGGGGUUCAAGGCGGGCAUGGCUCUGCGUUUCCGGUCGUCUUCUUCCACCGUGAGGAUGGAGAGAGCAUUAUUGACGACUCUCUUGACAUGGCCAAAGUCGUGGGACGCGUCGAACCGUGGGUCCUGGAAGUACCGUUCGGUGAAGUCGUGGAUCUUUCUCACCACUUCGGCUUCCUGCUCCGACAGGCUAGGGUAUUCUGCCGGGUGGAUAUAUUCGCCACCGCCUCCAGACAUGUUGUGUUGAGCCUUGCGAGGACCUUUCUGGUCCCUGACACCCUGUAUUCUGGUCGAAAAUGUAUACCUCGUUGCUCGUCACGAUUAGAUCUAGAUCAGCC